AUGGCUCAAGUUGCUGUCCCAGAAAUCAUCGAAAAUCCAGAUGGUACCAAGUCUGUGAUUACAUACAAGAUUGAAAAUGGUGAAAAAUACAAGAUCAUUCAAAAAAUUAAAGAAAUUAAAGUAACAGAAAAAGUAUCUAAAACUGUUGCCAUGAGAAGAAAAUGGGCCAAAUACGGUCUUGAAAAGAACUCUCCACCAGGUCCAAAUGACUCUACUACCCAGUUAGGUGAAGAAGUUGAGGUUAGAUUGAGUAGAAACUGGAAGCAAGUCGAAGAAGAGAGACUACAAAAGGCUAAGGUUGCUGCCGCAAAGACUGUUGUUUGUAGAUACUGUGGUAACGAUCAUUAUACUAUGAACUGUCCUUUCAAGAGUAUAUUGAACGAACUGUCCGCUUUAGAAGACCCAGCCUCCAUUCAAAGCGAAGAUGUUAUGAACGAAAUUGAAAAUGGCAAAGCUAAUGCUGCUGCUCCUGAAGAGAUGGUUGGUGGUCGUAGGUACGUGCCACCAUCUCGUCGUGCAGGCGCUAAGGAUCCAUCUUCUGAUGCUUACAGAGACUCUAAGGAGCGUGAUGACAUGUGUACUUUAAAGAUUAUGCAAUUAAAUGAAAAUGCCGAUGAAAAUACAUUAAGAGAAGAAUUAUUAUUUCCAUUUGCACCAAUUCCAAAAGCUGUUGUUGUCAGAAACAGAGAAACUGGUAGAUCAAGAGGUCUUGCAUUCGUUACCUUUUCUAGUGAAGAAAUGGCUGAAAAGGCCCUUCAUUUCUUAGAUGGUAGAGGUUUCAUGAAUUUGAUUCUACGUGUUGAAUGGUCAAAACCAAAGAAAUAG